CCCUUCUCUCUCUCUGCCUCUCUCCUGUUAUGUGUUCUGUUUUUGGAGGGUGUGGCUGAUCUUGUUGGUGUAUUUUUAUAAUUAGAUAUAUAACGACAGGAAGGAAGAGGGGGGAGAGAGAGAGUGAGAGCGCUCCGGGGAAUCGCCUCCGCCUUUCGGUUCAUCGUCGAUCGAUAGGAAGGGAGAGAUCGAGGAGGAGGAGGAGAAGAAGAACGCCAAGGGAGAGGAGAGAUGAGGGAGAUCAUAAGCAUCCACAUCGGGCAGGCGGGAAUUCAGGUAGGGAACUCCUGCUGGGAGCUCUACUGCCUCGAGCAUGGGAUCCAUCCCGACGGCAUCAUGCCAAGUGAUACUUCUGUAGGUGUUGCGCACGAUGCUUUCAAUACCUUUUUCAGCGAAACUGGUGCUGGCAAGCAUGUCCCUCGUGCAAUUUUUGUGGAUCUGGAGCCGACUGUCAUUGAUGAAGUUCGAGCUGGUACCUAUCGGCAGCUAUUCCAUCCCGAACAACUUAUUUCUGGGAAGGAAGAUGCUGCGAACAACUUUGCCAGAGGACAUUACACAGUCGGGAAGGAAAUUGUUGAUCUGUGCUUGGACCGGGUAAGGAAAUUGGCAGACAAUUGUACUGGUUUGCAAGGAUUUUUGGUCUUCAAUGCUGUUGGAGGUGGCACUGGAUCUGGACUGGGUUCAUUGCUGUUGGAGAGGUUGUCUGUUGAUUAUGGCAAAAAAUCAAAGCUUGGAUUCACCAUCUAUCCCUCACCUCAGGUUUCCACAGCUGUUGUGGAGCCCUAUAACAGUGUUCUUUCCACACAUUCUCUUCUAGAGCACACUGAUGUUGCUGUUCUUUUGGACAAUGAAGCUAUUUACGACAUAUGCAGGCGUUCUUUAGAUAUUGAGAGGCCAACAUAUACCAAUCUGAACAGGCUUAUAUCUCAAAUAAUAUCAUCUUUGACUACUUCAUUGAGAUUCGAUGGUGCAAUUAAUGUUGAUAUCACGGAAUUCCAGACCAACCUUGUCCCUUACCCUCGAAUUCAUUUCAUGCUUUCUUCAUAUGCACCAGUUAUCUCUGCUGAGAAAGCUUAUCAUGAACAGUUGUCUGUUCCUGAGAUAACUAAUGCUGUUUUUGAGCCGUCAAGUAUGAUGGCAAAAUGUGACCCCAGACACGGAAAAUACAUGGCUUGCUGUUUGAUGUACCGGGGUGAUGUUGUGCCCAAGGAUGUUAACGCUGCUGUUGCAACUAUCAAGACGAAGAGAACUGUUCAAUUUGUGGACUGGUGCCCAACUGGUUUUAAAUGUGGUAUCAACUAUCAACCUCCCACAGUUGUUCCCGGAGGAGAUCUUGCUAAGGUCCAAAGGGCUGUGUGCAUGAUCAGCAACAACACCGCCGUUGCCGAAGUUUUCUCGCGCAUCGAUCACAAAUUCGACCUCAUGUACGCGAAGAGGGCAUUCGUUCAUUGGUACGUUGGUGAAGGAAUGGAAGAGGGUGAAUUCUCGGAGGCGAGGGAGGACCUGGCUGCUCUGGAAAAGGAUUAUGAGGAAGUUGGCGCUGAGGGUGCGGAUGACAUCGACGAUGGAGACGAGUACUGAAGGUGAUUCUUGUUGGUUGUUUGUUUAGGUUGGUUAUUUCCAUCUCUCCUCUUUCCCCUCCCCUUGUAUUUUGUGCUUGCUCCUGUGUGGUUUGGGAGCCUUUUAUGUAGUCAUAAACUAUUUCUGUGUUUUUCCGAUAUUGUGAUGGUAAUGAUAUUCAGUUUCCAACUUCUCAUUCCUUUA